AUGUCUACAGCACCGCUCAUUGUUCUCGGGUGCACAAUGAUGCGAAAGUGCCAUUUAAAUACUUGUCCUGUUGGCAUUGCAACUCAGGCAACUUUGCUCGAGUUUGGCACUAUUCUGAAGAAUGUGCAUCACAUGUUCCCAAAUAUUUCAACUAAAAGUGGAAUGAUCAAACAGACUAUCGAACCUGGAGAGCUGGAGAAAGAAAUCCUCAAGUCGUUGCCGAAAGUUUUUGCUGAACCAGGCUGUCAUUUGGAGAUUAAAGAUAAAACGAUCACUAAUAUUGAUCGAGCGUUUUGUGCAAGGAUCAGUUACGAGAUUUCAAAACGCUAUGGUGAAGAGGGAUUGUCUGGCAAAAGGUCGAUAAAGAUCAAUUUGAAAGGAUCUGCUGGUCAGUCGUUGUGCGCAUUCCUCGCAAAAGGCGUUACCGUUGAGCUGGAAGGCGAUGCAAAUGACUAU